GACCCAAUCAGUCCAUGCACUUCUUAUUUCCAAGGGCGGAAUACAGGUUAGACGAACCCCAGCUCUGGAUACGAAAACGGCUACUGGUUGUUGAACUUUUGCUGAUGUACCCUACGGUAGGCGCUGGCUUGGACGACGAUGACAGUGUGCCUCUUACUUACUGCCGGUCGUCUCAUCUUACGCUGGAAGAAGCUACGGACACUGCACGCCGAUGACAUCUGGAAUGCCAUAGCUGCCUUCCUCGUCAUCCCUUUUGUUGUAGUCGGUUUGAUAGCGCUUCCGAUCGAGUAUCGAUCUCAGCUUUACUAUCUCCGGCGUGUUGGAGAACCUCCAUCGCUUGAUGAAAUGAUACUCAGCUACCGUGUGAACUUCGCCAGUCUAGUCUUCUUUUGGCUCAUCCUCUACUCCGUCAAAGCGAGCUUUCUAAGCUUGUAUUGGAAGAUUUUUGCGGUGUCGACUUGGUUUCGUUAUGUUUGGUGGAUCUCAACUGCCUUCAUUACGACGAGUUUUCUCAUAACAAUCAUAUCCAUCUUCUGGCAAUGCGGAUCACCCUCACAGAUCUCAAAUUUCGAAGUUUGCGAGGAGAACGAGACUACGCCAUUCACUCUGCUGAUUAUAUGGUGUACGCUCAACGUCCUGGGUGGAGUUCUAUUGAUGGCACUUCCCCUCGUCAUGGUCACCACUCGUUUGAUGAAACUGGAAAAAUCCGCAAGAAUCGGCUUGAUUGUCAUAUUCAGUCUUGUCGUGGUUGACAUCGCGUUCGACAUCGUUCGCACAGUUUACUCGCUUUCGGGAACACUCAGCACUCAAACGAACCUCAAUUCCGUUUGGACAUUCCUCGAACCGACAAUCGCAGUCACCGUAUGCGCGUUACCUUGCUACAAAGGUUUUAUAUCUGGGAAAAGAAGCAAGACAGUCUCCGAAUCAAGCCUUCGAAAGCCGAAUUUCCAGCGCGGCAGCUUGAGUGUUGUUCCCAUCGAGUUGGAGCUUGAGAGCCCAUAUAGCCUUCCUUCAUUUGAGGAGAGGCGUGCGCCGGUGUGAGAGACAAUUGAGUAACUUUCAGCCAUUGAAGUCACCGGGAAAAAGGAAAUCAGUGAAGAACUGCCUUCUACCUACAUGACGCGUUGCUGCUAAACAUAACCCGUUUCCAUGCAGCGCGAGGCAUAAACAGUCUAUCCGCGUAUCAUAUACGCAGCUCAAGACCUAUUCAGGUAAGUUCUAUAACCC